AUGCGGAUCUUAAGAAGCCUUACCGUACUGCCUGUGGCCUCACGACCAGUCCUCACUGUUUUUGUUCCCAAAACCUCUAAUGCCCGUCCUUGUGCAUCUCUCUUCAGCCACCCGACCGUACUAGGACGUCACUCAACUGUUCGCUUUCAGGGCACUGUCGCUCUCGAUAUGGCCAAAGUCGACACCACCAAACGGCUCACCGAGCUGCGCCACCUGAUGAAGGACCGCAAGAUUGAUGUGUACAUCGUUCCUUCUGAAGAUAGCCAUUCCUCAGAGUACAUCGCUCCGUGUGAUGCCCGCCGUGCUUUCAUUUCUGGCUUCACUGGCUCUGCUGGCUGUGCCGUUAUCACCCAUGAUAAGGCUGCCUUGGCCACGGAUGGCCGCUACUUUAACCAGGCUAGCAAACAGCUCGACGACAAUUGGUUGUUGCUGAAGCAAGGCAUCCAGGAUGUGCCCACAUGGCAGGAAUGGACCGCAGAGCAAGCCGAAGGUGGCAAGGCUGUCGCCGUUGACCCGACUCUUCUGACGAGCGGAGGCGCCCAGAAGUUGUCGGAGAAGAUCCAGAAAAAUGGAGGCAAAGAGCUGGAAGCUGUUGCUGAGAACUUGGUCGACCUUGUCUGGGGCUCGGAAAGACCUUCCCGGCCAAUCGAGCCGGUAAUCAUUCUCGACCAGAAGUUCGCCGGGAAGGAUGUGAAGACAAAAUUAGAAGAACUACGCCAAGAACUGGAGAAGAAGAAGUCACUGGCGUUUGUCAUCUCGAUGCUUGAUGAGAUUGCCUGGCUUUUUAACCUUCGAGGAAAUGAUAUUCCUUAUAACCCUGUGUUCUUCUCAUAUGCCGUCGUAACUCCAGAACAAGCUACUCUUUACAUCGACUCUUCAAAACUGAGCUCGGAGUGCCAAGCCUCCUUAGAGCAGAACAAAGUGGUUAUCAAACCCUACCAAGAUAUCUUUUCAGAUGUUACCGCUCUUGGUCAAGUCGCCAAAGCCAAGAAGGACGAAGCCAGCCAGAGCAGAAAGAAGUUUUUGAUCUCUAACAAGGCCUCGUGGGCUCUGAAGCGUGCUUUGGGAGGGGAUGAUUUUGUGGAAGAGGCUAGGAGUCCUUUGGCUGAUGCGAAGGCGAUCAAGAACGAGACCGAAUUAGAGGGCAUGAGAGCUUGUCAUAUCAGAGAUGGUGCUGCUUUGAUUGAGUACUUUGCCUGGCUCGAGGACCAAUUAGUUGUCCAGAAGGCAACUAUCGAUGAGGUUGAAGCAGCCGACAAGCUGGAAGCCUACCGUGCCAAGCAAGACAACUUUGUGGGACUUUCAUUUGAUACCAUUUCGUCUACUGGCCCAAAUGCCGCCGUGAUUCAUUAUAAGCCAGAGAAAGGAAGUUGCGCAACAAUUGACCCUAACGCUAUCUAUCUAUGCGACUCCGGAGCACAGUAUCUCGAUGGAACUACAGACACUACUCGCACACUACAUUUCGGAACGCCCACAGAGCGGGAAAUCGAGGCGUAUACUCUCGUACUGAAGGGAAAUAUUGCUCUAGACACGACUGUCUUCCCGAAAUUCACAACAGGCUUUGCCGUGGAUGCGAUGGCGCGCCAGUUCUUAUGGAAACAAGGGCUGGACUACCGACAUGGCACCGGCCAUGGUGUCGGGUCAUUUCUCAACGUUCACGAAGGACCUAUCGGAAUCGGGACGCGGGCUCAAUUUUUCGAGGUUCCUCUUUCACCAGGCAACGUCAUCUCUAACGAGCCGGGCUUCUACGAAGACGGCUCCUUUGGCAUUCGCAUAGAAAAUGUUAUCAUGGUUAAGGAAGUCCAGACCAAAUACAAAUUCGGUGACAAGCCGUUCCUGGGGUUUGAGCACGUUACCAUGGUACCGUACUGCCGCAAGCUGAUCGACCCCAACCUUUUGACGGCGGAGGAGAAACAGUGGCUCAACGAUUACAACGCAGAUAUUUUCGAGAAGACCAAGGGGUUCUUUGAGAAAGACGAGUUAACCUUGGCCUGGCUCAAGAAGGAGACACAACCACUCUAA